AUGAUAAAUAACAACACUAACGGGGUGCACAAUCAAAUACCCAAUGGCCAGAUGAACCAAAAUCUGAGCAACGGUGUGCAAAAUCAGUCCUUACCUGGAGGUCAGCAACAACGCGUGCAACAACAAAAUCUACCUCAACAGCAGAAUUUGCAAAACAUCCCACCUCAACAAUUGGCACAACUCGUGCAAGCUAUGAAGAAUGAUUUUGAAAUUGCCAAGAGUGCCACUGAUGAGCAAGUUAAACAACACCACUUAAAUAGAGCUGAAAAUAUAAGAAGGGUGUUGGCGAGGUAUCAAGCUCAAAGAAAUCGAUUACAACAGCAGCAACAGCUACAACAACGACAAAUGAAUUCCCAGCUGCCUCACCUAGGUGGUCUGCAACUGGGAUUGCAGCCACAGUCACAGAGUUCCAAUCAAGCCAAUCUUUUGUCGCAACAAAAUUUGAACGGCAACAAUUCGUUUAAUCAAUUUGCCAAUAUGCCUCAAGGUCUGCCAGUAAUGAACAAUUCUCCAGCAGUAAAUUAUCAGUCACCAGGUUUGGACUCGAACAACAUUCCUCCAGCCAUUUCAACCAUGCCCAAGAGUCGUCAACCACAAGUCUCACAGGGUAGCAAAGGUAAGCAAGAAAUAGAGGAGCAGAGUAAACAGAAAUUACAACAGCAACAUCAGCAACAGCAGAUUCAACAAUCGCGACAGAUAAAUCCCAAUCAAGCUCAGAGUCUGAAUGCCCAAAAUCUGCUGCAACAAUAUAGGAAUAUGUUGACAAGCAUGAGCUCUAGCAACUCCAGUGGGGCUGGAAGUGGUACUGCCGGGUCAAUAAAUCUUCCGUCGAAUACCAUAUCAAUGGAGAAAUUUAAUCAAAUUAGGCAGAAGUUGACGGAAAUACAACGGAAAAUACAGUUAUUGGAACAGAGCAAAAAGGCUGGUAAUGCCACACCAGAACAAGUCUCAAUCAUCGAUAGAGAAUUGGUUGAAUAUAGAACCAAGUUUCAACAGUUUCAAAAGAUUGGUAUCUAUAUGAGAAAUCAAUUAGUACAACAAGCUAAGCAACAACAGCAAAGGCAACAAGGUCAGAAUCAACAAGCGCCAAACAAGCAAGGCCAGUUGCAUCAACAACAAUCACAUCAGCAGAACACACAACCUCAAUCGUCGCCUCAGCUACUACAAGCACCACAACAUAAUCAAUUUCCUCAACCGGUGCAGGGAAAUAAUCAGCAAUUUUCCCCACAAAUGUCGCCUCAACAACAUAAUAGUUUUCAAGGUUCACCACCACCUCUUCAGCAAUCACAGCAGCAACAACAACAGCAGCAGCAACAACAGUUAUUAGCGCAGCAUCAGAGAAACAUCGCUACUGGUCAACAGGCGGUGCCUCCACAGCUAGCGGCAACAAAUAUGAAUGGAGCCGCAUUAAACCAGCCACUUCCACAUCAAUCCCAACAGCCAUCUCAAGCGGGAACUCCCGCCUAUCCUAGUGCACACCCAACACCAUCACAACAAAUUCAACAACAAGUACAGAUUCAAAGUCAAAGAGUACCUAGUCGCCAAGCCUCAACUACACCGCAAACGCAAAUACAACUGAUUCAGCAUCCUAGUAGACAAGGGUCAGCCUCAUCAGAGAAAAAGCCAAUAGGUACUGGAGCUGUACCCACGACCUCAGGAACUCCAAAUGGGUCUGCUGCCAAGUCAGGGUCACCAGGUGUAGAAGGUCGUUCAACCCCGCAAAGACCUAAAUCUGCAAUGGCAUUAAAUCUUGCUGGAAUAACAAAACCCAGUGUUCCCUCAAUUCCUAUUUCGAGUUCGGUUGAUAUAAAACCACCAGCUGUUGUCACUUUCAAUCCAGUAACUGAUACGAGGCCCACUUUGACCGGUGGAGGUGCUAAUUCAUUGAGUAUGUUGUGGGACACACCAGCAAUAACCAAAUUGCCCACAUUUGACUUGGAAGGUGGUGAAUCUACUACCGAGUCGGGUAGGGUUUUGAACAAGAGAAAAUUGCAAGAUAUAAUUAAUACUGUUGGUGUUGAUGAAGGUGAUGGAAAGACCUCGAUUGAUGGUAAUGUAGAAGAAUUGUUACUAGAUUUGGCUGAUGAAUUUAUUUACUCAGUCACUAGUUUUGCUUGUCGGUUGGCUAAACAUAGAAAGGUUGAUUCGAUUGACGCCAAAGAUGUGCAGCUACAUUUGGACCAAAAUUGGAAUAUCAAAAUCCCCGGAUACGCAAUGGAUGAAAUCAGAAGCACGAGAAAGUACCAACCUAGUACCUCGUAUAAUCAAAAAGUGCAAGGGAUUGAAAUAUCUAAAGCAGUUAAUGAUGAAAUUUGA